AUGCGCCUCAUCUAUGAGAUGGAGUACCUGGCCUUUGUGCGGCUCCCCACUCCACAGAUCCGUCAGCGUGUGGACAACAUUGCGGUCCUGCCUUUGUUGCAGCUGAAGCAGGCUUCCAAGGCCGGGCCAGGGCGAUGGUGGCGGCAAGCAGAGGCCUUUCGCUUGGCGGCCGCAGCCUUGCAGAAGGAGCACUUUGCAGUGCUGGACGAGUUUCUUCCCGAGGAAGUUUGCCAGGCCCUUGCCUCGGGUGCCCAGGCGUCGCGGGGCGAGAUGGUGCGGGGAGCCACUGGGGCAGCUGGCCGAGCCCUGGCGAAGGGCCCGGAGGAGCUCCAGAAGGUUCUCAACGAGCCAAGCCGCGGUGAUGUGGUAAAGUUCUCAGACGAUGGCAACAUGCCUGGCUGCCCAGGAUUCCUGGAGGCUUUGGAUGCUCUGGUGGAAGGACUACAAGCAUGCACAGCGGUGGCAGAUCGGCUACGGUGUGUAGACUGGGCCAAUGGGGCAAUGUUUGCCAUCUAUCCGGGUGAAUCUUCUCGCUACAUCAAGCAUGUAGACAACACGCUCGGCACGGAUGGAAGGCGACUGACCGCUGUGCUCUACCUCAACAGAAGCUGGACGUCAGGGCAUGGUGGCUGUCUUCGUCUGUUUGAGCCGACGAUGCAGAGCUGCCAGGUAAAGCGCGACGUCGAGCCACUUUGGAACCGUUUGGUGGUCUUCUGGUCUACGCAAGAGGUGCCCCAUGAGGUGCUUUCCAGCUUCCAGGAUCGGCUAGCGGUCAGCGUUUGGUUCAUCUGCGGCCGCGAGAGCUUGCGGAACGAGGAGUCUUUCCAGCGCCUCUUCAACCCGCAGAAGCUGAGGUGUAUCGCCCGGCGCGACCGGCGCAGCUGUCUGUUGAAAGCUGCGGAGACCGAAGACGAAAGGGCUGCUCUGCGGGAGCUUCCCCUGGAGGCGACGUUUGCGCCUGCGAAGCUGUCCAUUCUGGCUCGUCGCUUCCGUUGGCGCCGUGAAGAGGAGGUUGAACGGGAGCGGGACACGCUUCAAGAUGCUGCGAUCCGCACAGCUGUGGCGAAAGCGCUGACAGGCCAGCAUCCCGCUGCGGCCUUUGCGGCAACAGAGGCGGUGCAGCAGCCUCUGCCGGUAAAGGCGCCAGCUAAGCCAGCGCCCGCAAAGCCAGCGCCCGCAAAGCCAGCGCCAGCUGCUGGACUACCUGAUCACUUCGAGCUCGUGGAAGAUGGCAGUGACGGCGUACCCUACCGGGCCUCUGCUCACUUGGCUGGGCGCAGGUUGAGGAUCCCAGUCAGCUUUGGCAUCGUGGACUAG